UCCUUUGGGACCCAGCCUGCCUGAGUGCAGCACACGGAUGGGGCAGGGCCGCCUUCCUGGCCCUGCUGCCCCCUGCCGGGAGUGCUGGACCCUCCCAGGGUCCCUGUAGGAGGGUGGGGCGGGGCUGGGCCCGCCCACCAGGUCCACCUUCGGCUCCAGCCCGGGGAGGGUCCUGCAAGGAUUCCAGCUGGAGGAAGUGCGCCAGAGCAGCGGACAGCCAGCGAGGGGAAGGGCAGAGCGGGCCACCAUGGCGACACUCUUCUCCCAGUCGCAGCGGCGCCCUCCCCUCUUGCGCCAGGCCAUCAAGAUAAGGCGCCGCAGGGUCAGAGACCUGCAGGAUCCUCUGCCCCAGAAGGAGAUCGAGCCUCCAUCCCACCAACUCUCCCCCGAGGAGCGGACCCUGCUCUACGAGGAAGCUCUCUACACUGUCCUGCACCGCCUGGGGCAGCCAGAGCCCAACCAUGUGAUCGAGGCCUCUGAGCUGCUGCGGUACCUGCAGGAGGCCUUCCACGUGGAGCCCGAGGAGCACCAGCGGACGCUGCAGCGGGUCAGGGAGCUCCAGAAGCCAAUAUUCUGUCUGAAGGCAACGGUGAAACAGGCCAAGGGCAUCCUGGGCAAGGACGUCAGUGGGUUCAGUGACCCCUACUGCCUGCUAGGCAUUGAGCAAGGGGUCGGCAUGCCUGGGGACAGCCCCGGGGCCCGGCGUCAGCAGAAGGCCGUGGUGAGGCACACCAUCCCCGAGGAGCAGACCCACCGCACCCAAGUCAUCAACCAGACACUCAACCCCGUCUGGGACGAGACCUUUAUCCUGGAGUUUGAGGACAUCACCAAUGCAAGCUUUCAUCUGGACAUGUGGGACCUAGACACGGUGGAGUCUGUCCGACAGAAGCUGGGGGAGCUCACAGAUUUGCACGGGCUUCGCAGGAUCUUUAAGGAGGCCCGGAAGGACAAAGGCCAGGACGACUUUCUGGGGAACGUGGUUCUGAGGCUGCAGGACCUGCGCUGCCGGGAGGACCGGUGGUACCCCCUGGAGCCCUGCACCGAGACCUACCCGGACCGUGGCCAGUGCCACCUCCAGUUCCAGCUCAUUCACAAGCGGAGAGCCACCACGGCCAGCCGCUCCCAGCCCAGCUACACUGUGCACCUCCACCUUCUGCAGCAGCUUGUGUCUCACGAGGUCACACGGCACCAGGCGGGCAGCACCUCCUGGGACGGAUUGCUGAGUCCCCAGGCUGCCACCAUCCUCUUUCUCCAUGCCACGCAGAAGGACCUGUCCGACUUCCACCAGUCCAUGGCGCAAUGGCUGGCCUACAGCCGCCUCUACCAGAGCCUGGAGUUCCCCAGUGGCUGCCUCCUGCACCCCAUCACCAGCAUCGAGUACCAGUGGAUCCAGGGCCGGCUCAAGGCAGAGCAGCGGGAGGAGCUGGCCGCCUCCUUCAGCUCCCUGCUGGCCUACGGCCUCUCCCUCAUCCGGAGGUUCCGCUCCGUCUUCCCCCUCUCCGUCUCCGACUCCCCGGCCCGGCUGCAGUCUCUCCUCAGGGUCCUGGUACAGAUGUGCAAGAUGAAGGCCUUUGGAGAACUGUGCCCGGACAGUGCCCCACUGUCCCAGCUGGUGACCGAGGCCCUGCGGAUUGGCACUGUUGAAUGGUUCCACCUGAAGCAGCAGCACCAUCAGCCCAUGGUGCAGGGCAUGCUGGAGGCGGGCAAGGCCUUGCUGAGCCUAGUGCAGGACAUCAUUGGCGACCUGCAGCAGUGCCAGCACACGUGGAACAAGAUCUUCCACAAUGCCCUGAAGGUCGACCUCUUCUCCACAGCUUUCCUGGAGCUGCAGUGGCUGGUGGCCAAGCGGGUGAAGGACCACACGGCAGCAGUCGGCAGCCCGGUGUCCCCAGAGAUGGGCGAGAGUCUGUUCCAGCUCUACAUCAGCCUCAAGGAACUCUGCCAGCUGCACGUGCCCUCGGAGAGGGACGGAGUCCUGGCCCUGGAUGGUUUCCACCACUGGUUCCAGCCAGCCGUCCCUUCCUGGCUGCAGAAGACGUACAGCGUGGCCCUGGCGCGCGUGCAGCGCGCGGUGCAGAUGGACCAGCUGGUGCCCCUGGGUGAACUGACCAAGCACAGCACGUCGGCUGUGGAUCUGUCCACCUGCUUCGCCCAGAUCAGCCACACCGCCCGGCAGCUGGACUGGCCGGACCCAGAGGAGGCCUUCAUGAUCACUGUCAAAUUCGUGGAGGACACCUGUCGGCUGGCCCUGGUGUACUGCAGCCUCAUAAAGGCCCGGGCCCGUGAGCUCUCUGUGGGCCAGAAGGACCAGGGCCAGGCAGCCAACAUGCUGUGCGUGGUGGUGAAUGACAUGGAGCAGCUGCGGCUGGUGAUCGGCAAGCUGCCCACCCAGCUGGCAUGGGAGGCCCUGGAGCAGCGUGUAGGGGCCGUGUUGGAGCAGGAGCAGCUGCGGAACACACUGCAUGCCCAGCUGCAGGGUGCGCUGGCCGGGCUGGGCCAUGAGAUCCGCACUGGUGUCCGCACACUGGCCGAGCAGCUGGAGGUGGGCAUCGCCAAGCACAUCCAGAAACUCAUAGGCGUCAGGGAGUCUGUCUCGCCUGAGGACGCCAUUCUGCCCUUGAUGAAGUUUCUGGAAGUGAAGCUCUGCUACAUGAACACCAACUUGGUGCAGGAGAACUUCAGCAGUCUUCUGACCCUGCUCUGGACCCACACGCUCACGGAGCUGGCGGAGGCGGCUGCCUCCCAACGCAGCUCACCCCUGGCCUCAAGCAGGCUGAAGAUUGCCCUGCAGAACCUGGAGAUUUGCUUCCAUGCCGAGGGCUGUGGCCUGCUGCCCGAGGCUCUGCACACAGCCACCUUCCAGGUUCUGCAGAGGGACCUGGAGCUGCAGGCAGCCUCCAGCCGGGAGCUCAUCCGAAAGUACUUCUGCAGCCGCAUUCAGCAGCAGGCAGAAACCGCCUCUGAGGAGCUGGGGGCUGUGACAGUCAAGGCCUCCUACCGCGCCUCCGAGCAGAAGCUGCGUGUGGAGCUGCUCAGCGCCUCCAGCCUGCUGCCCCUGGACUCCAAUGGCUCCAGCGACCCCUUUGUCCAGCUGACCUUGGAGCCCAGGCAUGAGUUCCCUGAGCUGGCCGCCCGGGAGACCCAGAAACACAAGAAGGACCUUCACCCACUGUUUGAUGAGACCUUUGAAUUCCUGGUGUCUGCUGAGCCCUGCCGGAAGGCCGGGGCGUGCCUCUUGCUUACCGUGCUGGACCACGACACACUGGGAGCGGAUGACCUGGAAGGGGAGGCCUUCCUCCCGCUGUGUGACCUGCCCGGGCUGACCGGCUCCGAGGAGCCUGGCGAAGUGCCUCAGACCCGCCUGCCCCUCACCUACCCUGCACCCAACGGGGAGCCAAUCCUGCAGCUACUGGAGAGCCGGAAGGGUGAUCGGGAGGCCCAAGUCUUUGUGAGGCUGAGGCGCCAGCGAGCCAAGCAGGCCUCCCAGCAUGCCCCGCGGCCAGGGCGGUAGCAGUGCAGGUUGCUGCAGGUUGCGGGUAGGGCUGGGUGCCCCGCCCCCAGCAGGGACCAGUCAGGGCUUUCCUGUAAGGUCUGGGCUUCCCCACCACAGCACAGCCCUCCAGCCUGGCCUAGCACUCGUCAGUGUCAGCGUUCGCGCAGACCCCUCUGGUCCUUCUGCCAGAGCAGGGCCCCCAUGAGGGGCACAUUAGCCAUGUCUCUAC